UCUGAAGCUCCCCCUCAUCCCAGGUCCUCAGAGUCGCCGGGCCCAUGGCUUUCAGAGCCACCCCUGGCCGGACGCCGCCGGGACCCGCACCCGGGAUGCCCUCGGCCAGCUUCCCCAGCCCGCAGACCCCAAUGCCGGGGCCUGGAGGUCUCGAGGAAGAGGAGGAGGACGAGGAGCCGGCCGAGGUCCACCUGUGCGUGCUGUGGAGUUCUGGCUAUCUGGGCAUUGCUUACUAUGACACUAGUGACUCCACGGUCCACUUCAUGCCAGAUGCCCCAGACCACGAGAGCCUGAAGCUUCUCCAGAGAGUUCUGGACGAAAUCAACCCCCAGUCUGUCGUUACAAGUGCCAAACAAGAUGAGACUAUGGCGCGGUUUCUGGGGAAGCUUGAACCGUGGCCCUUUGCCCCCACAGCCUCCCAGGAGCAGAGAGAGCCAAAGAGACCCGAAAUCGUACUUUUGCCAAGCGUGGAUUUUGGUCCAGAGAUAAGCAAACAGCGUCUCCUUUCUGGAAACUACUCCUUCAUCCCAGAGUCCAUGACUGCUACUGAGAAAAUCCUUUACCUCUCUUCCAUUAUUCCCUUUGACUGUGUUCUCACGGUCCGGGCACUUGGAGGACUGCUCAAGUUCCUGAGUCGAAGAAGAGUUGGGGUCGAACUGGAAGAUUACAAUGUCAGCGUCCCUAUCCUGGGAUUUAAGAAAUUUGUAUUGACACAUCUGGUGAGCAUAGAUCAAGACACUUACAGUGUUCUACAGAUCUUCAAGAGCGAGUCUCACCCCUCCGUGUACAAAGUAGCCAGCGGGCUGAAGGAAGGGCUCAGCCUCUUUGGAAUCCUCAACAGAUGCCGCUGUAAGUGGGGACAGAAGCUGCUCAGGCUAUGGUUUACCCGUCCAACUCAGGAGCUAAGAGAACUCAAUUCCCGUCUGGAUGUCAUUCAGUUUUUCCUGAUGCCUCAGAAUCUGGACACAGCUCAGAUGAUGCAUCGUCUCCUGAGCCACAUCAAGAACGUGCCUCUGAUUCUGAAACGCAUGAAGCUGUCCCACACCAAGGUCAGUGACUGGCAAGUCCUCUACAAGACUGUGUACAGUGCCCUGGGCCUGAGGGAUGCCUGCCGCUCCCUGCCCCAGUCCAUCCAGCUUUUUCGGGACAUUGCCCAGGAGUUCUCUGAUGACCUGCACCACAUCGCCAGCCUCAUUGGGAAAGUGGUAAACUUUGAGGAGAGUCUUGCUGAAAACCGCUUCACGGUCCUCCCGAACAUCGAUCCUGAGAUAGACUCGAAAAAACGAAGGCUGAUGGGCCUUCCGAGUUUCCUCACCGAGGUUGCUCAGAAGGAGCUGGAGAAUCUGGACGCCCGCAUUCCUUCCUGUAGUGUCAUCUACAUCCCUCUGAUCGGCUUCCUUCUUUCCAUUCCCCGCUUGCCUUUUAUGGUGGAGACCAGUGACUUUGAGAUUGAGGGACUAGACUUCAUGUUUCUCUCAGAGGACAAGCUGCACUACCGCAGCACACGAACCAAGGAGCUGGACGCACUGCUGGGGGACCUGCACUGCGAGAUCCGGGACCAGGAGACCCUGCUGAUGUACCAGUUGCAGUGCCAGGUGCUAGCGCGGGCUUCUGUCUUGACUCGGGUACUGGACCUUGCCUCUCGCCUCGACGUCCUACUGGCUCUUGCCAGUGCUGCCCGGGACUAUGGCUACUCAAGACCCCACUACUCUCCCCGAAUCCAUGGGGUACGAAUCAAGAAUGGCAGGCAUCCUCUGAUGGAAUUGUGUGCACGAACCUUCGUGCCCAACUCCACAGACUGUGGUGGGGACCAAGGGAGGGUCAAAGUCAUCACUGGACCCAACUCCUCAGGGAAAAGCAUAUACCUCAAACAGGUAGGCUUGAUCACGUUCAUGGCCCUGGUGGGCAGCUUUGUGCCAGCAGAGGAGGCUGAAAUUGGAAUAAUCGAUGCCAUCUUCACCCGAAUUCAUAGCUGUGAAUCCAUCUCCCUCGGUCUCUCCACCUUCAUGAUUGAUCUCAACCAGGUGGCGAAAGCAGUGAACAAUGCCACCAAGCAGUCGCUGGUCCUCAUUGAUGAAUUUGGGAAGGGAACCAAUACGGUGGACGGGCUGGCACUUCUGGCGGCUGUGCUCCGGCACUGGCUAGCCCUGGGACCCAGCUGCCCCCACAUCUUUGUGGCCACCAACUUCCUGAGCCUGGUUCAGCUGCAGCUGCUGCCACAAGGACCCCUAGUGCAGUACUUGACCAUGGAGACCUGUGAGGACGGGGACGACCUUGUCUUCUUCUAUCAGCUUUGCCAAGGUGUUGCCAGUGCCAGCCAUGCCUCCUACACAGCUGCCCAGGCUGGGCUUCCUGACCAGCUCAUUGCUCGUGGCAAAGAGGUCUCAGACCUGAUCCGCAGUGGGAAACCUAUCAGACCAGUAAAUGAGCUUUUGAGGAGGAACCAGAUGGAAAAUUGCCAGGCACUGGUUACUAAGUUUCUGAAGCUGGAUCUGGAAGAUCCCACCCUGGACCUGGGCGUCUUCAUGAGUCAGGAGGUGCUGCCAGCCGCCACCACCAUCCUUUGAGAGCUCCUUCCCCAUCCUCCCAGCUGCCUGACAGUUGAGACCCGCCACACAGCUUCCUUUUCUUCUCUAGAUGCUGACUUCUCCACCUGCACAACAUUUUUUGUUUUGUAUUAGGAAUAAAGUUUAUUUUGGAUCAAAAUCCUUCCAGAGGCCACCCAAUAGGACAACAGGAGAGCUGGGGCAGGGAGCAGUCUUUGAGAACAGUGAAGCUCUGGCUGCUCUUGCAGACGUGGGUUGGUUCCUGCACCACAUGUCAGUUCACAUCCAUCUGUAACUCCAGUUCCAAGGUUUCCAACAUCCUUCUAGUCUCCCUGGGCUCUGGGACAGGUGAUGCACAGAACUCAGACAGACAAACAUGCACAUAAAUCCAGUCAGGGAUGGAGGUGCAGGCCUUUAAUCCCAGUACCGGGAAGGCAGAAACAGGCAGAUCUCUGAGUCUGAGGCCAGCCUAGUCUAUAUAGUGAGUUCCAGCCAGCUAGGCUACAUAGAAAGACCUUCUCUUAUAAAAAGUAAAUAAAUAAAAAAUUUAAAUAAAUUCACAUCCUGCUCUUGGGACUCAAUGAGGCCAACUACUUCAAAGAGGCUCUAUGAAAACAGAUUGAAGAAUGGCACAUAGUUCAAGGCAGGCGUCUCUUGCCUUAAUCCUGGCCUCAGAGGCUGAAAGACAAGGCAGGAUGGGUAGAAGGCAGGGCUUGGAGAGGAACCAGCCCUGGCUCCACCCUUCCCACGUCAGAGCCAUGGGGAGCCCAGGUCCUGGUGGGCCACCCCAGGUGCAAGUGCCCUACACUGUUCUGCUGCUUCCACUGGGGACAAGCCGCCAAGACCCAGGGGCCCCGAGCUGCUUCCUCUGGGUGAGUAUUAAACCAGCGGGGUCUUGGAACACCCCCUCCCCUGAUCGGCCCUCGAUCUAGUUCCACUCAACUGAGAACCCACAAACUGUGUCCCGUUGCCAUCCAGGUCCUCAGUGGCCAGUCUGAGCUCACACUUAGUGACCAGAUAGCCAUUUAGGAGUGUGAGCCAUAGCUAGGGUCCUGCUAGGACUGAGAGUUUGGCUUCUGUCUAAGGCAGCUGCAGAUGAUGCAGGCUCUGGAGAGGGAACAAGACGCUCUGUGGCAGGGCCUGCAGCUGCUGGAGCAGGGCCAGGCCUGGUUCACAGACCACCUAAGGGAGGCACAGCAGAGGCAGCUGCAUCUGGGGGCCCUCGGUGAGGUAGGGAGCAGCCUCCUGGGCUUGGGCUGGGGGAGGGAGAC